AUGCAAGAUGAAGUAGGAGGAACAAGCAGCAAAAAAGUAGAUUCUACGCCUUCUUUACGAUUGGUGGCUGAUCUAAAAGGUCAUUCAGAAACAGCUUGGGAUGUUGCUUGGAAUCCAUCUUUACCAAUUUUGGCAUCUUGUUCGUCUGAUAAAGAAGUUCGCUUGUUUUCAUAUACACUACCUAGCAAGAAAGAGAACGAUGAUCAAAUGACAAUUGAACAAAAUUCUCUUGCCUCAACUUCCUCCGAUCAACCUAGAUUUGCACUUCAAGAAGUCAUUCCUACCGGACACAAGAGAACAGUUCGUUCUGUUGCAUGGUCGCCUUCUGGUCGUACACUCGCAACAGCUUCAUUUGAUUCUACUGUUGGAAUUUGGGAGCGUGUAGAGGAUGUCUUAUCAUCUGUAAAAGGUAGCGGAAUGGACUCAAACGAUUAUACAAAAUCAUCACAUCAUCAAAAUGGAACCGAUGAACCUGAAUGGGACUGUAUAGGAACGCUAGAAGGUCAUGAUAACGAAUGCAAAGCGGUAGCAUUUAGUCAAAAUGGAGGUUUGCUGGCAAGUUGCAGUAGAGAUAAGAGCGUUUGGGUAUGGGAAGUACAGGAUCAAGCUGAAUUUGAUUGUUUAAGUGUUUUGAUGGAACAUACGCAAGAUGUAAAAUGUGUAGCUUGGCAUCCUAAAGAAGAAAUUUUGGCUUCUGCUUCGUAUGAUGAUACGAUCAGAUUGCAUAUCGAUGACCCUUCAGAAGAUUGGUUCUGUUAUUCCACCUUGACCGGUCAUACGUCCACAGUUUGGUCAAUCGCUUUUUCGCCUUGUGGUACGUUCUUGGCUUCAGGAUCAGAAGAUCAAACUGUGAGGAUAUGGAGAAAAUUAACGCCCGAACAAGCAGAACAGAGAGGUUUGAAAGUACAGGGUAAAAUCGAUGGCUUGCGUCAAGGUGAUCGUUGGAUCUGUAUGCGAAUCUUGAAAGGAUGGCAUUCUCGCAGUAUCUAUUCGGUCAGUUGGGGACAUCCUUCUCAAAAUGCAAAACCAGGCUCGUUCGGAAGAUUAGCCACUGCAGGAUCGGAUGGAUCAAUUUGUGUUUUUGAAGUUUUUGAUAAUGAAGAUGGAUCCAAACCAAGAGAAGCAGGCGUUGACUUCUUGGCUCCAUAUGUUGAGCUUGUUGCUCGGCAAUGGGAUGCACAUGGCGAAGCAGAUAUAAAUUGCGUAAAGUGGGCACCUGCUUACCUAAAGCAAUCUGUCUCUCGAACGAUUGGCGAAGAAGUCAAGAUACGCGAACUAUCAAAGAAGGAUGAAGCAAACGAGGAGGCUAUCGAAGCUUCAAAAGGGUUCCCAUUGCGAGACCUUUUAGCCAGUACGGCUGAUGAUGGGUCUGUAAAAGUAUGGUCUAUCUAA